CAUUUAGUGCAUUUCCUUUAUUCUAACUUAUUCAUCAAAGGAUCUGAGAUAGUUACUAUUUAAACAAAUUGUUAAAUUAAAUAAAUUUAAUAAAUUUCUUUCAAUAAAAAAAAUAUUCUACCUUUUCAUUAAGCAAAACGCUUUUGACAACAGAAAGCCAUAAAUGCAAAGAAAGAAGGAUGUAGAUGGCGUUUUUACCUUUUAAGAUUGAGAAUGGAGGUCUCUCUCUAUAAUUCUACAGUUUGUAGAUUAUGUGGAGAAGAAAAUGACCAUGGCACGUUUUUAUAUUCAAGCGAAGAAAAUAAUCAAGACAUAAGUGUACUUAUCAACUCUUAUUUACCCCUAAAGGUAUCAGAUGAUGGCCAUCUCCCUCGAACAGUAUGCCCUGGAUGUACAAUACAGUUGGAAGCUACUGUAGAAUUCUUGAACCUCAUCAUUAAUGGCCAGAAAGUUAUUCGCCAACUAUAUGAAAGAGAGAAAGAAUAUAAAAAAAAUACUUUUGGUAACGCAGGUAAAGAGGCUCAAACUUUUGCUGAAACUGUUAUUUAUGAAAAGACCGGUGAUACAGUUUAUCCAAAUGAUCAUCCAGUGUCGUUACAAGUUGGAGGCAUUGAAAAGCCCAAACGUAAAAGAGGCCGUCCACCGAAGAAAAACAAGCCGCCUGAAGCGGUUAUUCGAGAACCAGCAACAGUUCAAGAAGAAAUAUAUACCAUUGAGGAGGCCAAUGGCAAACGCAGACGGAAAACACCCACAAGGUUCAAAGAGGUUAUACAGGGCAAAGAACUUGAAAGGAUUUUUAUAGAAGAGGGUGUGACUGAUGGUGAAGAAAGUGAUGGUGGUAAGAAACCUCCUGUAAAACCUGAGAUCACGCCCCCAACUCCGAAAGAGCCUGAGGUUAUUGGACAUAUGGAAAAAUCGGGGGAACUGGUCGUAGUGACGAAAGGGAAAGGACGUGGAAGACCUAAAGGUCGCGUCACUCCUCGCGUUUCUCAAUGCGCGAUUUGCGGGGCGGAGUUCACUUGUGCCGGUCGUUACAUGGCCCACGUGGCCCAGCACGGCCCCGUCCUGUACCAGUGCCUGGUGUGCCUGCAGUCAUUCCCGAGCCGGUUGCUGUGCGACCAGCACCAGGCCGGCGCCGGGCACGCGGGCCGGCGCACUCACCAUCCGCAGGAUCCUCCUACCAGCGGUGUUACUCUAGUCCAAGAAGAAGACCCACUGGCUUCUGUGAGUUCAAUAGUGAACAACGUGACCAUGAGCCAAGGUCUUCCCGACCUGAACCCUAUCAAGGAAGAACCGGAUAAAACAACUAUAGUGGCCAAGAAUGAACCAGAUAGCUCGGAGCCUCCAAUAGCUGCAUCGAAUGGCGUGAACAACGAACAAGAAAAUGUUGUCGAUGAGGCAUCGGACAAAGAUGGGAAGGGCAAGGCCAAAUUGAAGUGUCACAACUGCGACAAGAUGUUCAGCAGCAAACAGAGCAGGUCUCUGCAUAAUAAGGCGAUCCACCAAGGCGAGAAGCCGUACGUUUGCGGCGAGUGCGGCGCUCAGUUCGCUUACCCGCGCUCGCUCGCGCUGCACACGCACUCGCAUCGACGACGCACCGCCAGCAAGGGAUACGCAUGCGAUCUCUGCGGGAAGAUCCUGAACCACCCAUCGUCGGUGGUGUACCACAAGGAGGCGGAGCACGCGGGCCAGAAGUACGUGUGCAGCAAGUGCGGCAAGAGCUUCAAGCACAAGCAGCUGCUGCAGCGGCACCAGCUCGUGCAUUCGCAGCUGCGGCCCUACGCCUGCAAGACUUGCAACGCUACGUUCAAGACGAAGGCGAACCUUAUCAAUCACACUCUCCUACACACGGGUGUGAAGAAGUUUUCCUGCGAGAUCUGCAAACAGAGGUUCUCGCACAAAACGAGUCUCACGCUGCAUAUGAGGUGGCAUACAGGUCAGAAGCCGUUCUCGUGCAACAAAUGCGGCAAGUGCUUCAGCCAGAAAGGCAACCUGUCGGAACAUGAACGCAUCCACACGGGCGAGAAGCCCUACGAAUGCAACGUUUGCGGGCGACGAUUCACGACAUCCUCGCAACAUCGACUGCAUGCCAGGCGACACGACGCAGUCCGCCCCUACGUCUGCAAUACUUGUGGGAAGAGGUUCACGACUCGGUCGUCGUGGUCGACGCACAUGCGGCGCGAGGCCGCGGCCGCGGCUGCAGCUGCGGCGGGCGCGGGCGGCGGGGGGGGGGAGGAGGUCGGCGCCGCGCCGCGACCCCACGCCUGCAGCGAGUGUCCGCGCGCCUUCACGUGGCGCUGGGCGCUGCGCAAGCACAUGCGCCGGCACACGGGCGAGAGGCCGCACCGGUGCCCGCACUGCCCCAAGGCCUUCGCCGACCACUCCAACCUCAACAAGCACAGGAAGGUAUGAUCCACGCACAGAUCCAAAUGAAAACCCGCAAGUGUAUCAUGCUUUGCGAGACAAAAACGUGACGAAAGGGCGAGAGGCCCAACGAUAUUAAAUACCCUAGAUACUCCACGUGCACUCAUAAUAUGUCCCAAUCGAGAAAUGAUUGAACUCCACUCAAUUCAGUUCUUGGUUUAGAGACACGGGCGGACCGUUGAAAAGACAAAAUGCCGCAGAGCUCCGUGAAAAAAUGCCAAAAAAAAUACUAUAUUACGUAAAGUAUAGUUAGGUAGGUAUCUUAUCAAUAUUUGUUAAUUUAACGCAUUUGAAGCAAAUUUUGAACUUACUAUAAACUGAUUUAAUAUUAAAUAUUUCUGAUAUUCAAAUGCAUGGUCGGUUUUGUAGCCGUCUCUUUUCCUCGCGGUCCAAACCUAUAUUGCUAACAGCGCAUUCAAAAUUGCGUGAAGAGUCAAAAGAGUGAAGGUCUAUAUUCUUCCGCAUAUAGCAAUAAGUCGUAAAAUUUUACGAACUUGCAUUUCGAACUGUCAUAACUCUUUCACGCAUGCGUUUUAAUUCAGACCUUAUGCAAUAUGCAUUAAAAUUGACUUUUAAUGUUAAAAUAAUGCUUUAUAUUGUUUUUGAGCACGCGAUCAUCUUACGGAGUUCCGUGGAUUGUCCAAUGUACUUUUUGGACAGGUUUCGGCCACGAUUUUGUUCGUGUUGUGUAUCUAGAGUAUUUAAUAUCGUUAGAGAGACCAAAUGCUUUCCUUUUCAGUCGCUAUUUAAGUUUAUAUUUUUACCAUCGUAGAAUAUAAUUCUACUGCGUCAAUCAAUUGGUUGGUCGUGACGGCUUCUGAGCCAUUCAUG